UAAAUAUUUAUAUUUUUGAAAAUUGUGUUAUGUUUGGUGUUUUUUUGGGGUUAAUUAUUGAAAAAUAUGUUCAGCCAACUAUAAUAUCAUGGAUUCCUACUUUUAUUAGUACAGGCAAAUACUCCGCCUUAAUUCCUAUGAAAUAUGGUUACGGUAUGUCUUUUGAAUCAAUAUUAUGGGCAGCACCAAAAAAAAAAACAUCAUAUUCGAAAAAAAGAAUGAGACAGGCUACUAAAGGUUUACGAGAUAUACAACAUUUAAAUUAUUGUUCAGCUUGUGGGAAAAAGAAAUUGGCACAUACAUUAUGCUUAUUCUGCUAUAAAGAGAUUAAAGAAUUUAUAAAAAGCAAAUACAAAUAA